GCUGAUCGGCGGGUGGGCGGGGCUUCCAGGGAGGCCUCCGUGUAGGCCGCAGUGAAGCCUGAACUCAAGUAGGGCCCAAGCCAGCCAGGAAGGAGGAGGCAGCCAGAGUGUUCUCUGCAGCAGAAGACCCCUUGCUGCCCUGCUCAACCCAGCCCAGCAUUUGCCAGGGAGAGUGUGAACUCCUUUUUGUGCUUACCUUUCCCGCCCCCCCCCCCCAUAUAUAGGGAUCUGCUUGCCAUAGGGCUUGGAUAUGGGGGGGGGAGGGAACGAGAAGUCUCUGAAUAUUUAUUUUGAAACAGCUUGGAAAAUUUGCUGACUUAAAAAAAACUAUCUAAAAAGUCCUAUAAGUGGCUUGUUUCAUGGCAGAAAAUUGCAAAAACUUCUGGAACAGUAUUUUAUUAAUUUUAUUUAUUCAUUCAUUCCUUUAUAAAUGCACUUAUGUUCAAGUUGUUUUGCAACCCAGAAGGUCUGAGUGAGAACUGUGAAGCAUGUGUGGUGCUUUUAUUUUAUUUUUCUUGUGUGUGAACUGCUCCCCAAUAACUUGCAGGGAAUUCAGGGUAAAUCUGGCCAACAUGGGAAUGCAGCACCUCCAUUCCAGAGGAGAUGUGUCUUAAAGGGCUUUAAAAGCCUCCUGUGAAAAACCUCCUGCAAUCAAACUUGACUGAAUUUGUUCAGAAUUCUGAGAAAACAAACAUAGGCUCACCCUGCAUGGUUGAAAGUCUCAUUUGCUAAUCUGCAGCGAGGGGCCCAUUUUAAUCAUUCAUCUUUCUAGUGUGUUCUAGGCAUUAAAAGUAAUACAAAUGUAUAGUACUCAAUGUAUAUCACUAUAUAUUGUGACGUGUGCGUGUGUGUACUCAGUGAAAUGUAUUUCCAGGCAGCAUACUUAUUUUGGAAUAUCAGACUUAAAUCCUUGGGGACCUGGGGUGUGCGGAGGCCCUGGACUUUGAGGGGGGGGGGCGCAUUUUAAAAUCUUGUCUCUGGGCCCAUUCCAACCUUGCUACGCCCCUGCAUAUAUGUACUGAGUAUUUUCUUUAAAACCUCGCACUACAAUCCCCACUCCCCUAAAUCUGGAAUGUAAAUGUUUUGUGGGGCAUUUUUGGUCAGGGCCUAAUGGAUCAUGGGACUGGGAAAUUUUGCUAGUGCAGAAAUCAGUCUUCCACAGUGGCUUCCUUUUUAAUGUUUUUCUGGAACCUCUUUAUAGUUAUCUUGUAAAAUGCAAGUAUAAAAGCAGAACAACAUGUUCUGUAGUUUUGAGUUACUUUUUAAAGGCUCUCUGUUUUAUAAAAUGAGGCUGUAAUUGGAAGAGAGACACUGACGUGGCUGGAGAGGGGCUUUUAAAAAAGCUUGGACCAUCUUCCUACCAAAACCCCACCGCUAUUUUUACCUCCAAUUAGGAAAAUAGAUGUUUUCCUUUCAAAUGGAAGGGUAGCUUAAGGUUGGGGCAGGGGGCAUUUUUGGUAGGGAAAGGGCAAAGCAGCCCCUUCCCGCUAUGCCAGGUCCUUCUUCAAAAUGCAGCCUGUAAUUCAGCAUCCCAAAUGCAUGUGCAUGAUUUGUUCUAGCAAAGGGACUUGCAAUCAGCUGACCUAUUGAUGUACUUUUCUUAGGAUCGCUUAUAUUGUUUGAUCUCCUCACAAAUCAAAAAAGCACAUCUGAGGAAGAAGAUAAAAAUGAGGCACCCCAAACACUAGCAACCAGUCAAGAAGCCUUUGAGUCAGUGAAUGACAUAUUGAAAGACCUGGAGCUUUCUGGAUAUUGCUCUGUGUUUGAGAGGGAGCAAGUGGACAGAUGAGCACUGGUAAACCAGCAUGGAUAUCUGCUCUUGCCUAGAACUUCUGAGCUGCAUGCUUUGCACCUAUGUGUAUUACUUCAGCACUGAGUCGCCUUCAUGAAGAUGUUUUAUUGAUAACUGAGGCCUUGUGCACUGAAAAGGAACUUAAAGAGAUGGGAAUUCCUUUGGGACCUAGAAUGAAAAUCCUGCACUCUUUGAGGAACAAGUGUCGCUAUCAGGUUUGUAAAGGGCAGACACUUGCAGCUCCCGGGGAAGGUGGAGAUGCCAAGCAGGAGAAUGUUGUAAAAGCCACAGAUGAAGAGACAUGUUUCCGGCGUCUGGAUGUUGUUGUGGGGCAGUUUGACCCAGUAGCCUACAGGAUUGAACCCUUGAUUGUUUCGGAUGUGGAAUUUGAGCCCAUGCUGCUUCCACAUCACAAGGGCAGGAAGAGGAUGCAUUUAGGGCUGCACAACUUCAAAAUCUCCAGGUCUGUGUGGACUACAACUCCCAUGAUCCCCAGCCACAGUGAUCCGCCGAUCACACCCACCUCGAAUGGCCUUUGGGACACGCCCACUUGAGAGCCCAUUAUGGCAGCUGGGACCAACCUUUGUCCUGUGCACGUCCCACCCAGGCAGGCAGUCCCUUCUCGCCAAAGAGGCCCAGGAGGCAGGGUGCCCAGCUGGCAGUCGGGAGGCACACUCCAGGUUGACACGCCAAGUGCAGGGCUGACUCGCCGUGUCAUGGGGUGCCUGGCAAAGCAGCCGUGCCUCCCCCCUGUCCCACAGUCAGCAUUUCCUGUAACGGGUUCUUGGAUGCUCUUGGCCACAGCACUCCUCAUCCCCAGCUGCAUUCGCCACCUCGCCUCACCCACCAGACCUGCAGCCCUAGUUCUGAGCAGUGCCAUUUGGGAUGACCAAGUUCUGGAUGAGAACCUCCGUAGUAGUGGUGGACAUAAGAAGAGGCCGGUCUUGGCUGGUCAGAUCACAAAUGGCUGUUGGAAAUUUAUGCACUUUGUAAAAUAUGUCAAAUUAAAAAUGGUAUUUAAGUUUUUCCAGUAA